CCAGCUGGGCCUGCAAAAAGUAUCAGCUGGAUGGUGCUCUGCCUCUGCUUUCUGCUCAUUGUUGAUUGUUUUGAAUCGAAAGCUUUUAUUGAUUUUAAAUAAUUAAUCUGUAUUACUUGUGUAAAGAUAAGUUAUCUAAUUGAUUUUUAUUGUAGACUAGCGUUGAAUAGCUGAUAAUGAAAUGCAUUGCCUAGAGUAAAACACAAUAAAACACUCCAAAUUGAAGUACUUGCAGUAACAUGGACAGAAACGUGAAAGAUUCCACGUCGAAGGUGGAUAACGUCGAUGUGGCCGCAAGUAAAGCAGUCGACAUCCUGAUUGAGAAGGCGAUACUGGGCGAGGUGUUCGACUUCCACCGAGCCGUGAAGCUGGGGGUGAUCGACGAGAAGGCAGAACGUGAGGACGGCAGCGUGCACGAGUCGGUGGAGGGCUACAACGUGGAUGUGUUCGGCCAGCAAUUCAAGGCGCCGGUGUGUUCGUGUCCGUUCUGCGACCGCAUGAUGGGCGCCGGUCGACUGAUGGGGCACUUCGAGAAGUGCGCGGCGCGCCGCGGUGGACAGAGCGGCCAGGGGGCCAAGAGCCGCAAGGUGUACAGCGAGGCGGUCAGUGAGGACGACAACGAUGACGACUACGACUGGGUCGCCGGCAACGAGCAGGCCAAAAUGGCGCGCAAGAAGCGCGACCGCAACAAGGCCAAGUCGAGUCGCGCGGCCAACAAACAUUCGCCAGUCAAGGAUGUGGCAGUUGUGCUGGAUGCCAACAUUUUCGAGCAGCUGCAACAGGCUGGUGACGGCGACAAGCGCAUUGCCAAGGACCGGUAUCGCCGCAAACAGAGGAAGUUGCGCUAAAUCAUCAUCUGCUGAAUCUCUUUUACAAUGUCAGAUCAUAGAGAAAAGAUAGCACAAGAUAUCGAUAAAGAUAGCACUUAUGCUAUAUUUUCUCUGUGGUCGGAUACAGUUUUUGCUUCUACACAAAGCAAGAUACAAGGAAAACUUGACUGUUUGCUUCUAUGGAGCUAUAUACGUGUAUAUAAGUUAGUGGAUUAAGUUAAUCGUUUCUCAAAAUAAGACUGCGUUCACUUUGGUACGACUAGGCAGAGAAUUAAUUUAGAAAACCUUCUCUGAGAAUAAGACUGUGUUGAUUUACAGUUGUUUAUUCAACAGUAUAGUGACUGUAUUGAUUUACAGUUUGUUGUUUAUUCAACAAUAUAGUGACUGUAUUGAUUUACAGUUUGUUGUUUAUUCAACAAUAUAGUGACUGUUUUGAUUUACAGUUUGUUGUUAAUUCAAAUUUAUACUAUUUCAUAUAGUUUUGGGAUUAUUAAAUUAUUUAUCUAUAACAAUCGUACAGCAAUCCAGGCGAAGAAGAGUUCUAAUCUUACAGAUGUUUAUUUAACAGUAUACUAGUUGAUAUAGUAUUGGAAGUAUAGAUUAUAUCUACAGCAGUUCUACUCUUCUCUAUGUACCCGAAGGUAUAGAAGUUUCUUAGUUUUUAAGCUACUCAUAAUUUAUUGUUGUAAUUUUCUUCAACUUUCGUUCUAAAAAUUUUAUUGUGCAAUAUUGAACGAUAAGAUUGUUUUAUUCUAUUGCGGAAAAGCUAAUAAACUUUUCUUCUUA